CUCCCUCUCAACUGGUGCUUGGGUGAACCCCAGUACAUAAUUGAGCUGUACUGUGUGCCAUCCAAGUGUGAGAGCGAGUGCCAAGAGGAGCUUGAUGAUUCCCCAGCUUGCUACAGGAGCAUAGUUUUGAUAUCGCGCUUGCGCUUCAUCUGCCAUACCGCAGGUAGCAAGGUCGCUCCUUUUGGUUGCUUCUUGCCUGGUGCAGAUACAUUGUGUCUGGAUCAGUCAAUGCCUUCAUUGCAAGGACAUCAUCAGGUUCCACUGGAUUGGGAAACGUUGCUUCCAUCGCAAAGAGUUCAAAAGGUGUCACUCUUGGUGACGGUGGUGGUGCCACUGGGGCAGGAGCUGGAGCUGGUUGGCCAUCUCCUGUCGGAGCCUGCUCUUGCUCAAGUGUCCCUGGGGACAGGUGAUCUGGAAGUUUAG